AUGAACGACAGCGAAAAAAUUGCAAUCGAUUCUGAAGUGAAAUUGAUGAUAAGAAAAAUGUUUAUUCAAGGUUGCGAAAGAAAAUCCCUUUCACAAUUUUUUAUCGAGAUUCGGAAAUCAAAAAGUUCUAGAGGGUUUGAUGUGAAAAACAUUGAAGAAUUCCCCCUGUCAACAAGCAAGUUGAUGCAACAUAUCCUUUAG